CGAACGGUGAGGUCUCAUUUUUUUGAAGCGAAAGUGCAAGUGUAGAAUUAAACAUGCGGCGAUCUUUUUCAGUGAGCCACACACUUGCACUAUGCUGUUUGUUGACUGGUUCCAUGGCGAGACAGCCAGCAAAGCGUGACGCGCCCUUGAGCAACGGCUUCGGCAGACCAUCCAGCAGCUACCUACCGCCCUCAAACGGCGGAGGCAACGGUGGCGGUUACAGCGGCGGCGGCGGUUUCGGUGGCGGUGGAGGCGGAGGAUUUGGCAACGGUGGAGGCGGAGGCGGUGGAUUUGGCAACGGUGGAGGACAUGGUGGGGGCGGAGGAUUCGGCAACGGUGGAGGAAUAUCUUCCGGUUACGGAGCACCCCCUGCGCCCUCUUCUAGCUAUGGGGCGCCUCCCUCGUCUAGCUACGGGGCUCCUCCCUCGUCUAGCUAUGGGGCACCCCCAUCUCCACCGUCUUCCAGCUAUGGGGCGCCGCCGUCUUCGUCGUAUGGGGCUCCGUCAGGUGGAAAUGGGUUUGGUGGAGGAUUUGGCAAUGGUUUUGGCAAAAAAGGCGGCGGUAACGGUGGCGGAAUCUCUUCAAGUUACGGCGCACCACCUUCCAUACCCUCUUCCUCAUACGGAGCUCCCCCCUCCUCCUCAUACGGUGCUCCUCCUUCCUCCUCAUACGGAGCUCCCCCCUCCAGCUCAUACGGAGCUCCCCCCUCUUCCUCAUAUGGAGCUCCCCCUUCUUCCUCAUACGGUGCUCCCCCCUCCUCCUCAUACGGUGCUCCCCCCUCCUCCUCAUACGGUGCUCCGUCUAACGGAAACGGCAGAGGCAAUGGCAGAGGAAAAGGAAGAGGAAAUGGUUUCGGCAAUGGUAAUGGAUUUGGUAAAAAUGGCGGAGGAAUCUCCUCAAGCUACCUACCCCCCUCCACCAGCUACGGAACCCCAGUUGGCCCCUCCCGUCCAUCCAACGGCAAAUCCAACGGCGGAGGCGGUUACCCCUCUUCUCCCUCCUCCUCCUACGGUGCCCCUCCUUCCAGCAGCUACGGAGCCCCUCCAUCAGGACCCCCCAGUAGCUCUUACGGAGCCCCUCCAUCAGGGCCUCCCAGUAGUUCGUACGGAGCCCCUCCAUCAGGACCCCCCAGUAGCUCUUACGGUGCCCCUCCAUCAGGCCCCCCCAGUAGCUCUUACGGUGCCCCUCCAUCUCCUCCAAGCAGCUCUUACGGUGCCCCUCCCAGUUCGUCGUACGGUGCUCCCCCCUCCUCCUCUUAUGGUGCUCCCCCCUCCUCCUCUUAUGGUGCCCCUCCAGCUGGGCCUCCAUCUUCUUCUUACGGGGCUCCUUCUAAUGGGGGGUACAGUUCUGGAGGGAACGGAUUCGGGUCUGGAGGUAAUGGAGGCUACAGCAACGGAGGUGGGCAGUCUUAUGCUAGUAACGGGGGAUACUCGUACUGAGAUCGGAUAGUGGAUUGAUGGAGAGUUGUAUAUACUUAGGCUUAUUUAUUUAUUAGAAUUUCGCAGUAUUACGACUUAUUGUGUUUUUUGUACAUGCAAUAAAAUUUAUAAUUUUAUAAAGA